GUGGUGGCGGUGGUGGCGGCGGUGGUGGCGGUGGUGGUGGUGGUUGUGAAGCCACCUGCCGCUUCCGUGGGCAAGUGGAGGCGGCGUUGGAGCGGUGCGUCAUGGAGAAGAUCUUCCGCUGGGCGUUCAACCCCAACGACGACGCCGACGUCCACCGAGACGAAUUGUUCUCCCGUCACAUCCAGCGUCUCGCCCUCAUCGUGACCCCUGACCACCCGGCCAUCCAGAUCCGCACGGCGUUCCACAACGAGGCCCCUUGGUGGCAGGCGCAGGAGGAGCUGCAGCUGCUGUGGGCCUACAAGACCCCGAGCGACAAGGCUCGCUGCAUCCUGCGUGUUUGCCGCACGGUGGUGACCUUGCUGAGCCUGGCAACGGAGCGCGGGUCGGGGCCCGGUGCCGACGACCUCAUCCCCGUCAUGGUCUACGUCAUUGUGCAGGCAAACCCGCGGGCGCUGCUGUCCACGGUGCAGUACGUGAGCAGCCUGCACGCCGCCUCCAUGGAGGGCCAUGACUCCUACUGCUGGCUCCAGUUCUGCUCCGCCAUUGAGUUCAUCAAGACCAUCAACGAGUGAUACCGCGGCGGACUAAACCCCGCGGUCGCGUGCGCAGGGCCCCGGGGGGGACGCGGCUGGACUUGCGGAUCCGGGAGGUCGACCGGUUCGACCACCCUUCCCACGGCGGCAGGCGACGGUUGAAACGCCCGACUUCAAAUUGCCGCUUCCUGCUGAUGUCGACGCAGGGGCCAGCGACUCAAAGAUGUCGCGUUCGGGUGGCCGAGCCGGCGGACAACCGCGUCGGCAGGAGCCAGCGGAGUCGUCGUCAUCGCUGUGAUGUCUCCUCCUUCGUAUUUGUGGAUUGUGGGGGGGGGGGGGGGGGGGGGUUUCCAUUGCGUCAUCGCACGUUACACUACGGUCUCCGUUCCGGAUGACCCACAAUCACGCAACACUACUACUGCCGGAGAGGUUUUAAUUGUCCAUUUGUGCAUCGGGUAUCGUCCGCGUGUAACUGCUCCUGCCACCGUGGUGUGUGCGAACGGACGCGCCUCAGGGUGGACCGCGGGCAGCCCCGUGGAAGAUCAAACCCCCGGAAGAUUCCCGGGGUUUGAAUUUCCACGAAAGCUCCUCCCGGUCGACGCCGGACCACCACUCCCGCUCACGGCCACCAACACCGGUGACGAUUCAUUUAUCUGAACCGGUGCCGAGCCUCCCCCGGGGCGACUCGGCCACCGGACGAGUUUGCUCGGCACAAUGUGCGCAGUAAACAUCGGCCACUGGGGGAGACAAAGGCGGCCGGGGCGCGGUGCUGGCCACCCACCAACCCCCCGCCCGCCCCCCUGGUCUGGCCACCGUGGAAGAGUAGGUGGGCUUCUUUGCCGGCCCACGAAGGAGUACACUUUGUGAGCUCCCGCGCGUUCCUCGUCGAACCGGCGAUCGGUGGCUCGCCGGGGCCCGCGGUCAUCAUCACUGCCUUGUGGCGGGUCGUGCACGCGCGCGUGUACGUCCACGUGCGCGUGCACGUAUCUGUGUGUGUGUGUGCGUGUAGGUGUGUAUGUGUGUGUAGGUGUG